UUUGACUGGAUACUCGAGAACGAUCAAUUGAAGCAUUGGCAACAAUCCAAAGACGCUCGACUCCUCUGGAUCAGGGGAGAAGCAGGCAAGGGCAAGACGAUGCUCAUAAUCGGCCUCGUCAAUCAAUUGGCCCGGUCAAAGUCCCCAAACUCUGGGUUCGCCUUCUUCUUUUGCCAGAAUGCAGACCCGCGCCUCAAUAAUGCCAUUUCCGUGCUGCGAGGGCUUGUCUGGAUGCUGUUGUGCGCACACCCGAGCAUGGCUCAGUACAUCCCGAAAGAAUACCGGGACAAGAAGGACAAACGUGCAGCUAUGUUUGAGAAUCCGGACCAGACUUUCUUCUCAACCCUGAAGAUCAUGCUCACCUCGAUAUUCAGGGACGCCCGCUUCGACCGGCUACACAUACUUGUGGACGCCCUCGAUGAGUGUAGUCAGGACUCGGACAAGCUGGUCGACUUGAUCAGGCAAGACACCACGGAUCCUUGUUCGAGAGCGAAAUGGCUGGUCUCAGGUCGCUAUACAAUACGACUCAACAGGGAGCUGAAGCCAAGCCAACACAGGGACUUACUUUCCUUGGAGCUCAAUGAAAACCAUAUAUCGGAAGCUGUGGCUAGCUUUAUCAAGCAGAAGGUCGACGACCUAGUCACUGCCGACAACAGAAAGCUACGGAAGCAGGUCCGAGACCGGAUGAUGGAGAAGGCCGAAUCCACCUUCCUUUGGGCUGCGUUAGUGUGGAAGCGUCUCAAAGGACUCGCACAGUUGCAGAUUUUGGAGGAGCUCGACAAGUUCCCACCUGGAUUGGCACCGCUUUACGAAAGGAUGAUGCAGCUAAUUGAAGAGCGUGGCCCAGACCUAAGCACUAGAUGUAAACGGGUCCUUCGCGCAGUUUCCAUCACCUACCGGCCCCUCACCCUCCACGAGCUUGCUCCGGUAGCGGAUCUCUGGCUACCACCGGAUCACCUUCGCGAGCUUAUCGACCUCUGUGCCUCAUUUGUUAUGAUUCGCAAGGAUACCAUUCGGUUUAUCCACCAGUCCGCCAAGGACUACCUGGACAUCUUGCAUACAAUUUUCCCUCGGACACGCGAGGAAGAACAUUGCCAGGUUGUGACGCGCUGUCUGAAGGCUCUGUCCGACACUCUAAAAAGAGACGUAUAUGGCCUGGGCCAGCCCGGAUUUGCAAUUGAGGACGUCAAUAUACCUUCUCCGGAUCCACUCCUCGCUGUUCGGUACGCAUCCACCUACUGGAUUCGCCAUCUCCUCGAACCGAAUGCUGGCAUCCAGGACCGCAACAUACUGAACUCAGUCGACGCAUUCCUUCGGAUCCAUUUUCUUCACUGGCUUGAGAGCCUGAGCCUUGUGAAACAACUACCUAGCGCUGUUGUGUCCUUAAGCAAACUGGCUAGUGGGUUACUUGGGGAAAACAGCCUGUAUGGCUUUCUUGAGGACGCACGCCGCUUUACUACGUAUUAUCGAUGGAUAAUGGAGAACCAUCCGCUACAGGUCUAUGCGUCUGCGUUGGUGUUUAGCCCUACGCGCAGCCGUAUUAGGAUGACAUUUCGACACGAAGAGCCGAGUUGGAUCAAGAUGAAGCCGACUAUGGAAGAUCAAUGGAAUGCUUGUCUCCAGACAUUGGAGGGGCAUAGCGGUGGGGUCAACUCGGCCGUGUUCUCCUACGAUAGCUGCCGGCUCGCGUCGGCGUCUUGGGAUAAGACUGUCAAGGUGUGGGAUACUACGACGGGCCAAUGUCUCCAGACGCUCGAGGGGCAUAGCGGUUGGGUAAACUCGGUUGUGUUCUCCCACGAUAGCUGCCGGCUCGCGUCCGCAUCGGAGGACAACACCGUCAAGGUGUGGGAUGCCACGGCGGGCCAAUGCCUCCAGACGCUC